AUGGUGCUGUCGGGCUCGGCCGAGCCCUGUGCCCAGCUGUUCGUCUCCUCCAUCGGCGUGGUGGGCUCGGCGGAGCAGAACCAGCGGCACAGCGCCCGCUUCUUCGACUUCCUGACGGCACAGCUGGGCCUCGGCUCCGAGCGGAUCGUCAUCCGCUUUUACCCACUGGAGCCCUGGCAGAUUGGCAAGAACAGAACAGUCAUGACGUUCCUGUGA